GGCGAAGCUAGAGCCGCCUGAGGGGCCAGGCCACCCAAAACUUUGUUAAAACAAGUACAUUGAUUCAUUAAGUUUUCAUUUCAUUAUUGUUUACACCUAAUUUUACAACAAAUGGAGUGCUGUCACGUGUCACCCAUGAUGGCAGAUAUUUUAGUAGUUGAAAGUUGGUGUGGAUUUCUUCAGAUGAGAUUGAGUUGUUAUUUUCACAACGGCAGCAAAACCGUUCUUUUGUUGCGAGCUUCCCGGAGGAUAAUUGCAGCACUAACAAAUUAAUCAAUUUGUUGCAGAUAUUAUGCUGCUGCUGGUCUUUUAAGAUGCUGCCGUAGAUCUCCACCAUGCUGCCAAGAUGCUAUAAAUACCUAAUUAUAAGAUCAAGCAAAGGAUCGACAUCUCACACAACAGACUCAGCACAACUUCUCUUUAUACUCAGAUUCAUCUUAGUUUCAAGCCCUUUAAUUUAAUUUUAGCUCUACACUUCAACCUAGAUUAGUUUAGCAAUUCGGUUCUUCUUUUAUCGAAUUUGUAAUGAGAAAACGAAGGAAAUUUUCCCAUGGAGGGAGGGACAAGAGGGUGAAAGAUGGAAAGUUGCCAUGUCUCUUGGGUAUGCAGAGAAGCUCUCUUACAUGGAAGAUGUGGGAAAAGUUGGAAUGGCAGAGUUCUUUGACUUAUCUACCGUGUUGCAAGAAAAAAGUAAGCAUCUAGUGGUGUUUACAGGUGCAGGAAUAUCAACUUCUUGUGGUAUACCUGAUUUUCGAGGGCCUAAAGGAAUAUGGACUUUGCAGCAUGAAGGCAAAUCCUUACCUGAAGCAUCAUUACCUUUUCAUGGUGCAAUGCCAGGCAUGACUCAUAUGGCUUUGAUUGAAUUAGAAAAGGCUGGCAUUUUAAAGAAUUCAGGGGAGAAACUUGCUGAAUUGCAUGGGAACUCCUUUAUGGAAACUUGUCCUGCAUGUGGAGCCAAGUACUUGAGAGAUUUUGAGGUGGAAACUAUUGGAUUGAAGGACACAUCAAGGCGUUGUUCUAAUGCAGAUUGUGGAGUCAAACUUAAGGAUACAGUUCUUGAUUGGGAGGAUGCCUUGCCCCCAGAGGAGAUGAAUCUGGUUGAGAAGCACUGUCGGAUGGCUGAUGUUGUACUAUGUCUGGGAACUAGGUACAUGGAAACAUGCCAUUGUCAUUAUGAUGCAAAUAAUUCAGUCAGUGUAUUAGUGUAUAACCACUCUCUGCAGUUUGCAGAUAACAAUUUGCCUCUUAAAUGUUUACACGGUGGGGGAAAGAUUUUAAUUGUGAAUCUUCAGGUCAUUUCAGGUGUUAUGGACUUGCUUAAUUUGCAGAUUCCUCCAUAUAUCAGGAUUGAUCUGUUCCAGACAAUCCUAAGCAAAUCUCCAGGUGCAGAUGAAAGAUAUGUGAAUUGGAACAUUUCGCUUGGCAAGUGUGCAUGGACUAAGUGCUCCAUUGCCUUUCAUAAAGUUUCCUUCUCAGACAAUCAUAAGUACAAGGAAGCUAUUAUGCUUAAAGAGCCAUUUCAACUAAAAAGGAGAACUGGAAGGUCAGAAAGGUUUGAAAUUUUCUUGAAACACAACUUCAGUAUGGGUGUGGUUGUCUAUCCAUCCAGAUUACAAUCCCUUUUGAUUUUGAGGUUUUAAGUCGAUGUUUUAAGCAUGACAAGGAUGCCAUAUUUCAAAAGCUGAGAGACAAUGCAGUUCAAGAUUCUUGCUGUGUACAGACUGAAGUUAUUGAGAGGAAGGUCACAUUGGCCGCCAGAACUGAGACCAGGGUACAUGCUAUUGUUAGAAAUAUUAAAGAAUUUGAUCAUCAUUUAAGUAACUGUGAUGUGAAGCUGCAAAAAGAAAGAUUGAAUGGUACU